AGUAGGAGUGGGCGGGGCGUGCUUUCUCUGCUCGCUGCUGUCUCGUGGCCCGUUUGUGGGUGCGUAAAUCAUGGCUCCUAGGGACAUCGCUGAACGGGAAAGGGGGACCAUAAUGGAUGGAAUCCGGGCCAUCCUACUGGGGCCCCCAGGAGCCGGGAAGGGGACUCAGGCUCCAAAGUUAGCAGAAAAGUACUGUGUGUGCCAUCUUGCAACAGGAGACAUGCUGAGGGCCAUGGUAGCUUCUGGGUCAGAACUAGGGAAGCGCCUGAAGGCCACCAUGGAUGCAGGCAAAUUGGUCAGUGAUGAGAUGGUUGUGGAACUGAUUGAGAAAAACCUGGACACCCCGCCUUGCAGAAAGGGAUUCCUCUUGGAUGGAUUUCCACGCACUGUGAGACAGGCUGAAAUGCUUGAUGAACUUCUUGAAAAACGGCAAGAAAAGCUGGAUUCUGUCAUUGAAUUUAGUGUGGAAGACUCUCUCCUUGUGCGUAGGAUAUGUGGCAGACUCAUACACCCACCAAGCGGACGAUCAUACCACGAAGAGUUCAAUCCCCCCAAGGAAUCUAUGAAGGAUGAUGUAACCGGCGAGCCUCUAAUACGACGAUCUGAUGAUAACGAGGCCACGCUGAAAACGCGGCUAGAGGCCUACCAUACAAUGACUGCUCCGCUGGUAGAGUACUACCAGCGCCAUGGAAUCCACACAGCAGUUGAUGCUUCCCAGUCCCCAGAUGUGGUGUUCGCUAGUAUCCUAGCCGCAUUCUCCAAAGCUCGCUCACACUGAUUCCCAGCCAUCCCUGAACUGUGCUAUCUGCAGGCCCCAAGACUUGCACAUUGUGUUUGAAUAUUGUCCCGCACUGAGUGCUGCGCUGGCUCUAACCUGGUCCUUCCCUCUGCUGCUUCUGUAUUGCUCGCAUAUUUGCCGUUUCUCACUCAUACCUACGACAUUACUAAGACAGUCUUAAGAACUUACGUUUUGUGUGUUCUAUUAUGUCUCUCUACUGUUGGAAUUUAUGUCACACCUAGACAUGGAAGAGAAGAGUUAACCCUAGAUGGUGUGACUAUAAUUCCCUGAUAAUUAACCAGUAUUCUGUGUAGUUUUGGAUAUGGGGAACAGUCAUGAAACUAAUACCAAAAAAGAGUGGUUCCAGGAACAUUAUACAUCAUUUUUUUUAUGGUAAUAGAGCUGCAACUGAAUUACAUCUUUCUUCUAUUCACACAAUAUAUGGUGCCUUAUUUUUUAUACAAUAAAGGGUCUGCAAGUG